GGAAUCCUGCGGCCACAGCGUCUAACCGUUUGGAGUAAAACGCUAACGGUCUGUGUUUCGACCCGAAGGGUUGGGUGGUCACAGCUCAGCAGGUUCAGACUCACCGAUGUCAGCAAGUAGUUCAAGCACAGAUUUCACACCUCGUCGGGUGUCUGACAACAGCUGGCAUUUCAAUUUUGAAAUUCCUUGGAAGAAGAUGCCAUCUGAGAUCAUCAGAAAGUUGGAAACAUGGAAGCGGCCAACAAAAAGUGAGAGACUUGAAAUGAUACGGCUGGUUGUUAGUGAAAUCUUAACAAUGUGCCCAACACCGGGGAAGAAACACAUCAGUGAGAUUGCAAGAAAGAUGGCAAAGGCGUACCCUGUGGCAUUCACAGAUGUCAUUGAAGACACAUGCACAAGAGGAGUUAAAGAAAAUGUACCAAGAAAGAUGCCAUGACACCAAAGCUAUUGAGACCAUGAUGAGGGCCUCCUUCUUCACUCAGAGGAAAGAUAUUAUCAGUGGAACUGAGACCUCUGACUUGGCAAAGGAAUGGCCAUAUCUAUUUGAGACAACUGGCAUGAAGACUCAUUUUAAAGAGCUUACAGGUGUGGACAUUGAUGAGAAAGCCAUAACAAGUAAAUGUGCCAGAGUUGUUUCAUUCUUCAAGUCAACCGACAAGACAGUCAAGAUGGAGACCAUCUUCAGAGAAAUGGAAACAUCAGGCAAGAAUAUUGUAGAUGUCAAUGCUGCUGGGUUUCCUCAACUACUUCUCAAGUACUUCAAUGAGGAAGAGGAACAGAUUUUCCAAGUGGAUCAAACAACCCUACCUGCCGAAGUGGACUAUGCUGAACUUCCAAGUACAUCCUGCAUUGUUUUGUGUGGAAAUUCUCCUUUGGCAGCACAGUACUUCAUGCUGUUUGUGGACCAGACCAUUGUGAAUAGCCACAUCACUGCCUUCAGUGAUGCUCUUAUAUUGAUGUUUGGCUCUUAUUACUGCAUGAACAUUUCUUACCCAGCAGCCCAAGGGGCGACACUUGAGUUCUUGCAGAGAUGCCUUUUCAAGAUGAACCCUGACAAGGGAUCGAAAGUGGAGAAGGCAGCUUCCAGAAAGCAGCAGGCGAAUACAGACAGUAAAAGAAGUGAAGCUGCAAUGAUGGAGACAAUGUUUGGAAUCUAUAUCAUUCGCAAAGAAGGUGCAGAGCCAGAUGAUGAAUUGGAAGAUGUAGCUACCCUGCAGAGCUGA